GGAGCCAGAAGAGAAGAGCGUCCCCAAAACCCAGGAGAGAGAAGAAGGCUGGGCACAGGCUCGAAGGCAGAGGAGAUGCUAGAGGGCCUCGUGUUGGGAGUCAUCUUUGCCACCAUCAUCCUGUUCCUCGUGUUCUUCCUGGUCUGGCGGUUCAGGACCUUUUUGACCUUUUUCUGGCAUGAAAAAGUCCUGCUCAGCAUCGUCAACUUCAUCUCGGGCAUGAGCAAGGAAGAGAGGAUCCUAAGCUGGGUGAAGGAGCACGCCGUGCCGGGCAACCCCCAGAGCGUGCUGGACGCCAUUGACUACUACUGCUACAAUAAUGAGUGGGCCAUGAACGUGGGGGACACCAAAGAGCAGCCCUACGAAAUGCUGCUGGUCCCAGCUCCGUACAGCCAGAGCAGGGCUCCGGCCCAUGUCGAGCUCAUGGAGCAUCUGGGCUUUGAGCUGGGGAG